AUGGCCAACGCCCUCUACAAUCUCUACCGGCUGGCAGGCCCCGCCGCUGCCGGUGUUCUGCUGUUCAACGCGUCCAUCUACGAUGUCAAGGGUGGAACACGAGCUGUCAUCUUCGACCGCAUGUCUGGUGUGCAGGAGACGGUCAUUAACGAAGGCACCCACUUCCUUGUCCCUUGGCUGCAGAAGGCAAUUAUUUACGACGUGCGAACGAAGCCGCGCAACAUCUCCACCACCACCGGAAGUAAGGAUCUGCAAAUGGUCAGCUUGACGCUGCGAGUGAUGCACCGUCCGGAUGUGCCGAAACUGCCUCAGAUUUACCAGUCCUACGGUACCGAUUACGAUGAGCGUGUUCUCCCCUCCAUCGGAAACGAAGUCCUUAAGGCAAUUGUCGCCCAAUUCGACGCCGCCGAGCUUAUCACCCAGCGUGAAGCUGUCUCCAACCGGAUCCGUACAGACCUCCUCAAGCGUGCCUCCCAGUUCAACAUCGCCCUGGAGGACGUCUCCAUCACCCACAUGACCUUCGGAAAGGAGUUCACCAAAGCCGUCGAGCAGAAGCAGAUCGCCCAGCAGGACGCCGAGCGGGCACGAUUCAUCGUCGAGCGUGCCGAGCAGGAGCGUCAGGCUAACGUUAUCCGUGCUGAGGGUGAAGCCGAGUCUGCCGAUAUUAUUUCCAAGGCCGUUGCGAAGGCUGGUAGUGGAUUGAUUGAGAUCCGUCGUAUCGAGGCUAGCCGUGAUAUUGCUCAGACUCUUGCGACUAACCCCAACGUCACAUAUCUGCCUGGUGGUGAGGGUAAGGAUGGUGGUAAGAGCACUAGCCUCUUGCUUGGUCUGCGGAGUUAG